AUGGUCGUGCGCAUCCGGCUCGCCCGCUUCGGCAAGCGCAACGCACCCUUCUACAACAUCGUCGUCGCGCACGCCCGAACAGCACGCAACUCGAAGCCCCUCGAAGUCCUUGGAACCUACGAUCCGAUACCGAAGCCGCCGCGCCCAGGCGACGAGGGAGGCAGGCCGUGGAAGGACAUCAAGCUCGACACGUCGAGGGCGAAGUAUUGGUUGGGUGUUGGGGCGCAGCCGAGUGAUCCUGCGUGGAGGCUGUUAAGUAUGGUAGGUUUGCUUGUGAGAGGGACAUGA